AUGACCUCCCGACGGUCAGAAGAAUCCCUGCAGGGCGAAAAGGUCCCAGUCAGACAAGAGCUCAAGGAUGUUAACGCAGACAAUUACAAACCUGUAAAUCUUCAAUUCGAUACUGGCGAUGAGUAUACCAACUUUCGUCAAAAGUGGUGGCAGUUGUGGUUACCUGAGGACCCACCAAUUCCAGCUCCCCCGUCUCUGGAGGAUGCAGCGCUGACGCCCUUGGCCAAUGCUUCUAUUUUCUCUCAGCUCACUUACACCUGGAUAACCGGUAUAAUGGUUCUCGGAUAUCAGCGCACGCUGCAAGCGUCUGAUCUAUACAAAAUGGACGCACCUCGAGAGUCAGCCGUUCUUGCCGCCAAACUUGAAGCUGCAUGGCAGCGGCGUGUUAAGGCUGCGGCCGACUGGAAUGCACGUCUUGAGAGUGGAGAACUCAGGCCAUCCAUUGUCAAGCGUACCGGCUGGGCGUUACGCGCGAUUUCCAGGCAAGGACAGAAUCAAGGUGCGACUUGGUCUGAGCGGCGUGUUGCGUUCCAGAAACAUUGGCGAGAAUCCGAAGGACGGAAAGAGGCCAGCCUUACAUGGGCUUUGAAUGAUGUCUUUCGUAGUAUGUUCUGGAUUGGAGGUGUAUUCAAGGUCUUUGGUGAUACAGCACAACUCAUGGGCCCUAUUGUCCUUCGGCAAAUCAUCGUCUUUGCAGAGGAGCGUUCCGCCGCAGCUAUUACCGGAGAGCCUGUCCCCAAUGUCGGUCGCGGUAUCGCCAUGGCUCUUGGGCUCUUCGCGCUUACUGUGACAGCCAGUGUCUGCACUCACCAGUUCUUCUGGCGUUCCAUGGCAACAGGCGUACUGGCCAGAGCUGCACUGAUAACAUGUAUCUACGAGCGUGGAGUGAACCUCACAGGCAAAGCGCGUGUCAAACUCAACAACGCCGCACUUGUGAACCAUAUUUCCACGGACGUGAGCAGGAUCGAUGCGUGCGCUCAGUGGUUUAUGGCUUACUAUCUUCAAGCCUGGACUGCGCCUAUCCAGGUCACAGUUUGUCUAAUAAUUCUGCUGACCGAGCUUGGACCGUCUGCACUCGCCGGUUUUUCGCUAUUCGUCCUCAUCAUACCAAUUCAAGAGCGGCUAAUGACACUGCAGCACCGUGUUCGCUUGGAGUCAAUGAAGUGGACUGAUCAACGAGCCAAAGUCUUGCUAGAGGUAUUCGGAGCCAUGCGUGUGGUCAAGUACUUCUCGUAUGAGGUUCCCUUCCUUCAAAGGAUAUUCGAGCUUCGAAAAAAGGAACUGCGUGGUAUCCGAAGGAUUCUUCACUCAAGUUCGGCGAACAUGGCGCUCGCUAUUUCGCUCCCAGUUCUCGCUGCUACACUAGCUUUCGUCACGUACACCCUUACAACGCACAACUUCAAUGUUGCCGUCAUAUUCUCCUCGCUGAGUCUAUUUCAGCUUCUCCGGCAACCAAUGAUGUUCAUGCCCCGCGCUCUAUCGGCCAUCCCCGAUGCAUCCAGCGCGAUCCAGCGGCUCACGCACGUAUUCCGCGCAGAGCUUAUUUCCGGAGAUGCACUCGUGAUCGACAAGGAUCAAGAACCCGCGCUUCUAGUGAAAGACGCAACGUUCGAGUGGGAGUCCGUUGAGAAAGAAUCCGGUGAAGCUUUCAGCUCGAAGAAGGGCACACACGGCAGUGGCGGCCCACCGAGGGGCAAGGACAAGAGUGCGAAGGAGGACAAGGCAACAGAGAAAUCCGCUCCUGGAAGAGAUGUACCGCUCUUUAGGGUCAAGAAUGUGACAAUGACCAUUCCACGAGGUCAGCUGGUCGCCGUAGUCGGGCGUGUCGGAAGUGGCAAGUCCAGUUUGUUACAAGGAUUGAUAGGGGAGAUGAGGAAAGUCUCCGGGAAAGUCUCGUUUGGCGGUCGCGUUGGUUAUUGCCCGCAGACUGCGUGGAUCCAGAAUGCAACUUUGCGUGAUAACAUCAUUUUUGGCCAGUCAUUCGAGGAAGAUAAAUAUUGGCGCGUUCUUGAGACCGCUUGUCUACUUCCGGAUCUUCAACUACUCCCUGAUGGGGAUUUGACCGAGAUCGGAGAAAAGGGUAUCAAUCUCAGCGGCGGUCAAAAGCAAAGAGUUAACAUUGCUCGUGCUCUGUAUUUUGAUCCCGACAUUGUCAUAUUUGAUGACCCGCUCUCGGCAGUGGAUGCUCACGUCGGAAAGUCCUUAUUCCAAGAUGCGAUUGUGGGAGCCCUGCGCAAUCGUGGUGUCACCGUCAUUCUGGUCACGCAUGCGAUCCACUUCCUGUCUCAAGUAGAUCACAUCUAUACCCUGAACAACGGCGUCAUCACAGAGAGCGGGUCCUACGAUGAAUUGAUCUCCUGCGGUGGGGACUUUGCGCGUUUGGACCUGGAGUUCGGCGGUCACGCGUCUGAGGGGAAAGAUGAGGACCAGGCGGAGGAAGUCACGCCGCAGAUAGGCGUUACCAUCGAGGACGUCAAGUUGAAGCCAAAAAAAGCCAGAGCAAACGCCACUGGAAGUGGUAAACUUGAAGGUCGCUUGAUCGUCAAAGAGAAGCGAUCGACGGGCUCUGUGUCCUGGAGAGUGUACUGGGCCUACUUGGUUGCGGCCCGCGGCUCGAUAACAGGACCUCUAGUUGUUUUCUUCAUGCUCGCGAUGCAGGGAAGCCAGAUCUUGAACUCGUACACGCUGGUUUGGUGGGAGGGCAACAAAUUCGACCGACCAAUUUCGUUCUAUCAGACGCUAUAUGGUUGUCUUGGGGUCGGUCAAGCGAUCUUCACAUUCUUGCUUAGCGCCGGAAUGGACUUCAUGGCCUUUUACGUAUCCCGAAACCUGCACCACAAGUCUGUGCGCAACGUCUUUUACGCACGCAUGUCCUUUUUUGACACUACACCAAUGGGCCGAGUCCUGAGCAUUUUUGGCAAAGAUAUCGACAGUGUUGACAAUCAAUUAGCAUUGUCCAUGAGAUUGCUUGUCCUUACGCUGACCAGCGUUGUGGGCUCUAUCAUCAUCGUUGCUUUCCUUGAACCAUACUUUAUUAUUGCCGUUUUCUUCAUCUUGAUGGGCUACAGCUACUUCGCUGCCUUCUAUCGAGCUAGUGCCCGUGAGAUCAAGCGCCUGGACUCUAUGCUUCGCUCUCUUUUGUAUGCACACUUUUCCGAGACCUUGACAGGACUUCCUACCAUCCGAAGCUAUGGAGAAAUGAAGCGGUUCAUUGCCGCCAAUAGAUACUACGUCGAUCUGGAGAAUAGAGCUCUAUACCUCGUUGUCACCAACCAGAGAUGGCUUGCGAUAAGGUUGGACUUCAUGGGAGGCAUAUUAGUCUUCGUUGUUGCUCUUCUGGCAGUUAUCGACGUUUCCGGGAUUAACGCCGCCCAGAUAGGGUUGGUACUUACGUAUACCACCAUGCUGUCACAAAUGUUGGUACAAUACGUCGAAGGGGACACAAUCCCUGAAGAGGCGCCGCAUGAAAUUGAAGAACGCAAGCCCCCGGCGCGAUGGCCUGAAUAUGGCGUUGUCGAAUUUAAUGACGUUAAGUUGGCAUAUAGACCGGGUCUUCCUAACGUAUUGAGGGGUAUCUCGGUCAAAGUCAAGGGAGGCGAAAAGAUAGGUGUGGUUGGAAGGACUGGUGCCGGGAAAUCUUCGUUGAUGCUUGCGCUGUUCCGAAUUGUCGAAUUGUCUGGUGGUUCAAUCACUAUUGAUGGUGUCGAUAUAUCUACAAUCGGUCUUAAAGAUCUCCGCUCCAAGAUAUCUAUCAUCCCGCAAGAUCCUCUUCUUUUUAGCGGGACCAUGCGGUCUAACCUGGAUCCAUUCUCCCAACACGAUGACGCGGAGCUAUGGGAUGCGCUGCAUCGAUCUUGUCUUGUUGAUUCUAGUACCACCUCGAAACACUCAUCCUCUAGCGACGGCAUCAGAAGCAAGGGAAUUCCCACCAGCCGCCACAACCUUGACGACACCAUCGAGAGCGAGGGAGCGAACCUUAGUGUUGGGGAGAGAUCUCUGCUCAGUCUAGCUCGCGCGCUGGUAAAAGACUGCAAAGUCGUUGUGCUUGACGAGGCCACAGCCUCUGUCGAUCUCGAGACUGAUAACAAGAUCCAGCAGACGAUUCAGACGGAAUUCAAGGAUCGUACGCUACUUUGUAUCGCUCACCGACUUCGAACUAUCAUUUCAUACGACCGAAUUUUGGUCCUCGACGCUGGCCUCGUUGCAGAAUUCGACACUCCAUCUAAUCUUUUCAAAGUGGAGGGCGGACUUUUCCGUGGAAUGUGCGAGAGGAGUAAUAUUUCCUUGAAAGAUAUAGAGAGGAGUAGCCAGGUGUAAAUGGUGGAUUUUGAGGUUGAUUAGUUUCUUUUUUAUGUUGUUCGUAUAGCUUGUCGUGUGUUUCCAUAGAUGAGACCAUAGAAUAGACCCUCUAGACCCC